UUUAUGUAACAUUCACUGGUCAUCAUACGAAGUGGUAGCAGUGUCUGAAGAAAAAACAAAUUGGUAUCCGAGAAUUUGUCUCUUAUUCGCUAAAAUAAGAAUUUAUUAAAAUUUGUGCUCAUACACCAAAAAACUAAAUUUAUAAAAUAAAAAACGAAAAGAAACUCAUUCCGAAAACUUGCAUUCUCAAUAUUUGUAAUUUUUGUGAUCGAUAUUGUUUAAAAUACAAUUCGUAUAAAUUAAAGUGAAAGUGAGACGAAUUUACGUAAUUUUGUCUUGUGAUUGCAGCAGUUUACCUUGAAAAAUAAAAUCCCAUUCCUUUCGUGUUCGCUAGAAAUAGUUUGAAGUUUCUUAGAAUGCCUUGUCCAUUUCUGAGUCGAUUAAGUGCAAAUUAUGUGCGAAACUAUGCAGAUAUCCUUCUGCAAUCGUAUGGUUCGCAAUGUCCAGUUGUGGCUAGGAGUGUCUUCACGAUGGGAAGUUCUGGGGGUGUUCAACCCCCAAACACCAAUACCGAUGGAGCUUCUAGUGAGGCCCCUACUCAACCUAGAGAGAUGUCAACGAUGCAGCAAGUUAAAAUUGUUGAAACUUCCACUGACAUCAGCACGAAGCCUAAUCUUCAGAAUCCUCAAAAAUCCCACGUUGACAGCAAGAACCGGACAUUCCCCUAUGAAGAUUUCUUUCAUGAACAGAUCAUGAAGAAGAAACAGGAUCAUUCGUAUAGAGUUUUCAAAAAAGUCAAUCGUUUGGCCGGGACAGGUAUGUUUCCGAAAGCUCUGGAAUAUUCUGUAAAAGAGAAACCAAUAACCGUAUGGUGCUCCAAUGACUACUUGGGAAUGUCUUGCCAUCCCAAAGUAAAGGAAGCAGUAGCAAAAGCCUUGGAGGUUCACGGCGCUGGCGCUGGUGGAACCCGUAACAUAUCUGGCAAUUCCUUGCACCACGAAAAUUUGGAGGCACGACUUGCAGAGCUGCACCAGAAAGAAGCGGCCUUACUUUUUACCUCUUGUUACGUGGCUAAUGACUCGACUCUGUUCACAUUGGCUCGGCUGUUGCCGAAGUGCGAAAUUUUCUCUGAUGCUGGCAAUCACGCAUCAAUGAUUCAAGGCAUCCGAAAUAGUCUUGUUCCGAAGCACAUAUUCAGACACAACGACGUAGACCACUUACGCAGCCUGUUGCAGAAAGUCGAUAAGAAUGUGCCAAAGAUAGUCGCCUUCGAGACAGUCCAUUCCAUGACCGGGGCAAUUUGUCCUCUGCAGGAAUUGUGCGAAGUCACUCAUGAGUAUGGUGGAAUAUCAUUUGUUGAUGAGGUGCAUGCUGUUGGUCUGUAUGGUGAACAUGGUGCUGGUGUAGGAGAGCGUGAAAAUCAAUUGCAUAACAUGGACAUGAUUUCUGGGACAUUGGGAAAAGCUUUUGGAAAUAUCGGUGGAUAUGUUGCCGGAUCGGCAAAGCUGAUCGAUAUGAUACGUUCUUAUGCUGCUGGCUUUAUUUUCACUACCUCACUGCCACCAACUGUUUUAUGUGGAGCAUUGGAAGCCGUUAACAUUCUAGCAUCGGAUGAGGGUCGAGAGUUACGCGAACGUCACCAAGAAAAUGUUCGCUAUCUGCGUAAUAUGCUGCAAAGAGAAGGUUUUCCUGUAGAACAUACACCCAGUCAUAUAAUACCAAUUAAAAUCGGUGAUCCCCUCAAAUCAUCGCAAAUAUCAGACCUAUUGAUGCAACAACACGGACAAUACGUACAAGCUAUCAACUAUCCAACUGUAGCACGUGGUGAAGAGAAACUUCGUAUGGCUCCAACUCCAUUCCAUACACAUGAAAUGAUCGAUAAUCUGAUAGUCGAUAUGAAAAAGGUUUGGAAACAACUUGAUCUUCCAUUGAAUGGGCCAACAUGCUCCCAAGAAUGUUCAUUCUGCAAUAAGCCUAACCUCUUCAACUACUACGAAGCCCGUUCAAGAACUUGUUCCUCGUCUAUAAUGGCAUGUGCAAUUCCAGACUGCCCUCGCAUGGCAACUGCUGCCGCAUAAGAAAAAAAUUAAAUAUUAUUUUAAAUAAAAUAUGGCUUGUGUAUAACACUGUUAGCGAAAAAUUAAUUAUUCAAAAUAAAUGGCUUAAUCUCUUAACAUACCUAAAUUUUGUGUAUCUACAACGUAAAUUCGGUGUAAUGUGAAUCUUUUAUUUUAUAUUUCUUUCAAUUUUAUAUUAAUAAUAUCCGUUAUUGGUGUAUGUUCAUAAUUUUGUUUAAGUUUUAUUUUUUUCGAAUAAUAGACCAAUUCUUGUUGAAAACUAUA